UUUAUUAAUUCUUUUCCCAAACAAUAUGAAAUCACUAAAGAAGUUUGAAAAAUGAAACAUCUAGAAAUCAAUAACAGAAGUGGGGAAUGAAACAUGUGGAAUGAUCAAUGUGAUAUUAUACAGUUCUUGAUUGCUCUCCAAGUGCAUAAAAUGUGUAGCUAACAAAAAAUCAGGUAUUGAUGAUCACUAUCCAAUCGAGUUUUCAUUUUAGAUUUUCUCUUUAAUUUUGCAACCGCCAUGAAAAAUUGUGAUUUCGCGUUCUUUUCGUCGGCCAGCAGAGUCACCUAUACUUUGCAUAAUGACCACGUUACUUCUAUUAAAACCAAGGAAAUCCCUGUUGAUGAUUUUCCUCCGAAAGAGCCUCGAAUCUCCAUAACAAACCAUCUAUCUCAAUCAGAUGCUGCUAGGAAAAUCCAAUCUGCAUACAAGUCCCAUAUAAUCCGCACACACUACAGAAAGAUUUCAGCUGUCAAUUGUGAAGCUGAUCAACUGCAGCGCCUGAUUCAACGGCAGGAGACAGUUGAUGCUAUCAGGAACGAUCAACGAGAGAAGUUGAGACUCAAUGAGGCCUUGAUGAGUUUGCUGCUGAGGUUGGAUUCUGUGCCGGGGAUCGAUCAGACAGUUAGAGAGGCAAGGAGAAAAGUCAGUCGUAGAAUCGUGGGGCUGCAAGAAAUCAUGGAUGGAAUAUGCUGCGGCGGCAUUGAUGAUUAUGGUUUGUGCAGUGAUACCGGGUAUUUGAGGGAUUGGGAUGUGGUCGUUUCAGAAAUGGAGGAGGAAGUAUGUAAAGAGAGAGGUGGUGAAGAGAUGGAAAGGUUUUGUGCUGAAUAUCUCGGUUUUAGAUGCCUGCAGAGGUUUUUGCGUGAGCCGUGAAAACUGGUACAGCAUAGCUACAUGAAAAUAUAUUGAGUCUUACAUUUCGUCAUUUCCGUUUUUGGAAACGCUUUGUAAAAAUGCCAUUUCUUCUGUUUUCAACGUUUUCGUUUUCGUGCAAUGUAAUAUGUAUACAAAGGGUAUGUUCUAAGUUACAUAUCUUAGAUUUUUUCUUCUCUACAAACUUAUGUUUUCAUGAUAACCAAUUAUUUUAUGUAUUUGUAUUAUAUUUAUAGAAACCUUAAAAACAAAACUAGAUUUGGAAAGAUGAAUACAUUGUAUCUUCUCUUAAUUUUAAUUUA